AUGGUAUACAGAAAGAGAAAGCUUGAAUCCGAGCAGGAACCCAGCAAUGCUUUAGUUGUUGAGUUAGAUAAGAAAAAGCAGGUCACUGUGCGCCAAUACAACGGCGUGUCGUUGGUUGAUAUUCGUGAGUUCUAUCUUGACAAAGAUACCGGCGAGAAGAAGCCAGGAAAGAAGGGUAUUUCGUUGACAGAGGACUCCUACUGGAAGUUGGUUGAAGCCCAAGCUGAGAUUCAAAGUGCAUUGGUGCAAUUGAAAGAGGGUGGAACCAAGGCACAGAAGACUGAGCCUACAACCAAGAUUGCUGUUGAGAAGACCGAGGGUGCAGCUGGAAACGAAAGCUCUGACUCGAAGAGUUCUGCUUCUUCGACAAAGAAAACUGUCAAGUCGGCUGAGAUCGUCGAGGACGAUGGAUCUGAUUCAGAAGCAGAGAACCAGGAUAUAUCCCAGGACCUCGAGCUCCAAGACUUAAACAUGGCGAAAAAGAAAUCCUCCAAGCAAAGAAAACUCCGUCUGAAGCAACAGGCAAAGGAUAAGUCACGCGAGGGAACCCAAGAAUCACAUCCCAACUCGAGGCCAGUGUCGCCUUCGGGGGCCCACAGUCACUUGAAUACCCUUGUGGAUCAUAAUUCACUUAAUGCUAUGCACAUCAACUCGUCCUCGGCGAGGGAACGUCGCCAGAGCGAGUAUGACCCAAGCACCAGAAGAAGCAGCUUUGCUCCAUUAACAGACCGCAACUUACAGACCCUUCUCGAGCAGAACAACGCCCAGAACUCGUCUCAUAGGUUUGGACUGGUGGCGCUUGAUAUGGAUAGAUUUGCUCGGGACCAACACCCCGGUGGCCAUGAUCAACAAGACCACUAUAGUGACCACAGCCAUGGCUCUGGCGCUCUGCUUGAGUUCGGUGAGCUGAACCCUCCUUCAGAACAUUCUAGCGACUCUACUUCGUUGGAUGAUGUCUGCUACCUUGACUACUAUGAUGAUGAAGACGGUGGCACAGGCAAGUCUCAUAAAUGGCCUGACUUAGAGGUAUUGGAGGAAUACAUCCAGGAAGAGCUUGAUGAAUUACAAGAAGAAGAAUCUGAUAUCAACGAGGUUAACUUCAGGUACCCUGUCGCUAGACGUGUUUCACAUUCGCAAAACGAGCGAGACGCCUCUCCCGACGAUGAAGAGGAUGCUCCUCUCUUGAACCAAGUUCAGAUCAACGAGGUGGAUAACUGGGAUCAAAAGUCUGCUCAGCUUAAGUUCAGGCCAAAACCACUUCAGCCAUGGGAAGCCUCUCAGCUGAAGAUCCAUACUAUCCUCAAUAAUGGCACGAAGGCCAAAGCAGACGCCUUAUGCCGCUUCACAUACUUCAGAGAGGACUUGGAUAAAACGCUCCAUUCUCCUACUCUUGCUGGCCUCAUUGCUGAUAGCGAAAAGAUUGAUACUACUGACGAACACUAUAUCAAGAAUGCCCUCAAGGAGCUUUUUGAUCCACAUCACCUGUCUUUUCACCAUAGACUGCCUCGCGCAGCAACUCCAAGCGCUGAACCUCAUCCCGAUGGUUCCAACGGAAGAGAAGCGCACCAUAGCAGACAUGGAUCUGUCCCUCCUGCUGUUAGUCGUACUUCAGCUGCUGCUCAUAACCUCAAAGGCAGCACUCCACAGGCUGGCGCUUCUCAUGCCUCUCUCGCCAACGCAGGUGUCCAUCCCGGAACUACCUCUGUGAACUCACUAUCUACAUCUCCUUCAACUCGCCCAGAUCCCUUUUGGCUUGACAUUUUGGACCCCCUGGAAGAAGAAAUGAAGGUCAUUUCAAAAACCUUCGGUUUGCACCCAUUGACAACCGAGGAUAUCUUCAUGGACGAAGCUAGAGAGAAGGUUGAAAUGUUCAAUCUGUACUACUUCCUUUGCUUUACUUCAUUUGACAUUGUCUACGAACGCAGAAAGCAGAAAGCAAAGGAACACGAAAAGAAAAUCAGCAAGCUCAUGGAAUACAACAAUCAAACAAGCAAGUUUAGCAUUGAUUGGCUCAAAAGUUUGUUGUUCAAAAAAGACGAUGGUAUGAUGCGUUCCAAUGCUAAAAGAUCGGGAUCUUCAUCAAACAAAUCAAAAGCCAAAAGAAUCAGAAACGGCGAAUUAUGUCCCUUGAAUAUGUACAUGAUUGUGUUCAAGCAUGGUGUUUUGACAUUCCAUUUUAGUGCUACACCUCAUCCCAUCAACGUCCGUCGCCGUGCUCGUAUGCUCAAGGAUCAUUUGACGGUAUCUCCUGAUUGGAUAUGUUACGCAUUAAUUGAUGAUAUCACCGACUCGUUCGCCCCUAUGAUUGAUAGUAUCGAGUCUGAAGUCUACCUCAUUGAAGAUGAAAUUAUGAGGAUGCAUUCGGGUGAUAGAGAGUCGAGUGAUGAUAGCGACGAGUCUGAUGAAGAAUCGAUCGCUGAUUUCCACGAGCAAAGACCAAGGCACUCUGGAGGUGACGAUGUCUUCAUUCGUCGUCACAGGUCCAAGUCGAUCGUCGAAAAUCCGGAGCCUUCUAAGCUCGAUUUCUUGCGCUUGAGAAAGCGUAAUUCUAGACCAGACUACAUUUCUGUGGGGUCGAAGCGCAGUGGUCGUUCGAGAACUAGUACCACUACUAGCACAGACCUGUCCAGAAUCGUUGCCUGGAAACGUAAAGGUGAUAUGUUGAGAAGAAUCGGCGAAUGCCGUAAGAGAGUUAUGUCUGUGAUGCGUCUUCUAAGCACUAAAGCUGAUGUGAUCAAAGGUUACAGUAAGCGUUUUAGUGAGAGCGAUGUCGUCAAAGGUGCAGAAGACAAUCCAUUCAUCACUACUAGAUCUUCUUCCAAGCAAGAAAUCUUGAUGUACUUGGGAGACAUUCAGGAUCAUAUCGUUACUAUGGUCCAAUCGCUCAACCACUACGAGAAGCUUUUGGCCCGGUCUCAUUCCAAUUAUUUGGCGCAGAUCAAUAUCGAUAUGACUAAGGUUAACAAUGACACAAACGACGUGUUAGGAAAAAUUACGGUUAUCGGUACAAUUGUGUUGCCAGUGAACGUUGUGACAGGUUUAUGGGGUAUGAACUGUAUCGUCCCAGGACAAGAUGCACCGGGGCUUACAUGGUUUUGGGGCAUUUUGUUCGGCAUCUUCCUUUUCAGCAUUUCGUCCUAUCUUUAUGCUAAGAAGGUGUACAACCUCUAA